AGUAGAGGGGCUAGGAUGUACCUUCCCUUAGUAGCCGUUCACACCGGGGGUGGCGGUACAUGCUAGCACUAGUGCUGACGGUGGGCACGGCAGAGUAGGCUCCAGUGGGUGACGGCAGGGUGAUGGGAGGCCGGCUCAGCAGACAGAGCAGCCUGGAGGAUGAGGCUGAAGACGUGAUGGAUAUGGGGCCCCUGCGGGGGGAGGCUGCAGGGGCCCGCGGUGAUUUUGCCCUCACGUCGCUGAUACUGAACUCAGAGCGGAUCCCCGGGGUGCUGCGCAGGAACAAGCCGGCUCCGUACGUGAGGAGAGCAGCCUGGAUACGGGACAUACAGGCGCUGGUCCGGGACCACAAGCAAGAGCGGGCGCUGCACAUUCUCAAACUGCUCCGCAAGGACCUGGGCCUGGAGGGGACGUUCCUCAAUGAUAUCUUAUAUAAGCACGUCACUUUCCUCAACCUGGUGGACCCCAUCUCCCAUGAACUGCUCCUCAGUCUGGCCAGGGAACUUCAGUGUCCAAGGAAGGAACAAGACCAGAUGAAAUCUACAGACCGAAUCUGUCGGCAGCUUCUUUACCAUUUGACACCACACUCAAAGUGGCAUCGACACAGUCUACCUCGAAGGAAAAGUAUGGCCUGCCUGAAGAACAGCCUACAACAGAAAUCAAGUAUUGAAUCCCUGGAUCUGUCUGGUAUCCCCCUGACUCCCAGAGAUGUUCAGCGUGUGAUCCUCUACUUACAAAGCCAUGGAGAUAGUCUGACCAGUGUGGACUUAAGCUUUACUGAACUCACAGACAGCAUUCUGAGUUUGGCUCUACCUGCUCUGGCAGUUAUUCCCAAUAUUACGCACCUUUCACUUAACGGAAACCGCCUUUCUUGUGCCACCCUGAAGGAGCUCAGCGAAGCCAUGAAGGACAGUGCCAACUUCCCCUCAUUGUCCUGGGUAGAUCUGGGUAAUAAUGUAGACAUCUGCUCCAUGCCCCAACCUUUGCUCUUGGGGCUGAGACGUCGUCUGUGUCAGCAGAAUCUGCUUCCGACCAUUCCUGAGGCACAGGACAGUGACUUGUCUGAGGGAGGCAUUCCUAUGUCUUUUCCUUUGCCUUGGGACAGGUGAGACCUCUUAGUGCACUAGCCAUGGAGUUAGAGACUGACCACCUCUCCUCAAACAAGUGUUGAUCUCAUCUAACAUGAGCAGGUGUUACACUCCCAGCGCCACAGAUAGUUUGUUUUCAGCCAGGCAGAAGGGGCACCAGAUAAAGGUACCCUCAUAGCCCCACACAUCUUCAUCCAACGAGUGAGGAGCCCGGAGACAAGGCAGUCCAUCCUGGCUCAGCACCGGACUCACCCACUGUGUGUUUUGUGGAUUAAUCUUGAAACAAAAGGAGCUAGUGACCAUAGCCAGGCACUGAAAAGACAGGUGGAUGCCCAAAACCAAGAGGAGGUGGCAUCUACUGCCAUAGAGUGGCACGAUUCCGUGGGAGGAAACCAGAAAUAUCCUUGAAAAUUGACAAUUUAUUCUAUAUAUCAUUUUUCGAGGUAUCCAGAAUGCAAAGCAUGUACUGUCUAAGGGUUUGCUCUGCCCAUAGAAGUUGUAUAGUCUGAUGCCCACGAAGGCAGUGUUGUAUGUGUAAAAGUUUCAAAGCAGUUCCUUGUCUGGAGAGAAGAAUGUAUUCUUAGUACAACUCAAAUCUUUACAAUCGCUGAAUCUGUAUGCAAAACCACAAAGAUAUGUAUGUGUAUAAAGAGCAUAAAACGUAAGAAUCUGCGCACAGUCUAGUGUUACUGCCAUGGCUUCAUCCAGACUGUUUAUACAAAGCUCAAUAAUUCUUCCUUGUAUCAGGACUAUAUUUUAAUAGGAGCCCAUUUAGUGUGAAAAAAAACCGCUCAUCAUUACGCUAUUGUCUAGUCUCUCUUCAAAUAUAGGAAUGGAAGCCUCUUACAAAAUAUCACUGUGCGAUCAAGAUUGCCCAAAGGUUCUCAUCUACUAAAUGUAAAAUGAUACUUCUGUACUGUAAGCCCAAUAUAGUUUGUCACAGCUGUUAGUAGCACAUGGUCGUCCAGUGGGUCCAGGCCUAACACAGUAAUUGGCCUCAAGGUCCUAAAAGAUUUGCAGUUGACUUUAGAGCAGAUCACUUGUGACAAGGGUCUCUUUCUUAUGGGUUGAUUCAUGGAGAGUAGACCCUCAAAAUCAUUCAAGGAACCAGAGUUUUUUUCUUUAUAAGAAUCUUAAAGCGUACCUGAGUUAAAAAAAAAAAAAAAGGUUUGCAGAAUGGCUGUGCUUCAUUUUACAAGAACAGGUCUUUUCUAAUGUCUCUUUCAGCCAUAUUAUUCCCUGUUUCAGCUGCACAGCUAGAUGCAUUUCACUUAGAAGCAGGGGGCAUCUACCUUUUGUAAAAUUGUCAGCACUGUACUGCUGUGACAACCUUUCCCUUACUUCCCACUAUGUUUAUUUUCAGCUCUGGAGCUCACAGAACAGAUCAGGGACAAAGGGGAGCCUCCUAUAAUCUUCAAAAUCUGUUUGGAAGCAGUUCUUUAUCAUGCUUUUCGUCUUCUGUGUCUUUGUUACCAGGAAUGGAUCUUGUCUGACAACAGGCAGUGGACUGCAAAUUAGGUGGAAGUGAAA